GUUAGUGUAUUUGUUAAGGUUACACAAAGUCAAGUAUGUUUCGCACUUUGGAUACUUUUGAUACAGAAUUAUCUGCUGAUUCAGUUGAAUGGUGCCCAAUAAAUUCUUUCAAUAAUAUAUUUGUUUGUGGAACAUAUCAAUUACUAGAAGGACAUAUUAAUUCAUUGUCACAGAAACGUUUAGGAGCAGUUUAUUUAUUUCAAGUUAUACAAAAUGGACAUUUAGUAUUAUUACAAAAAUUAGAAGUACCUGCCGUAUUGGAUAUGAAAUGGGCACAUGUCACAUGUCAGGAUAAAAUUUUACUCGGUGUUGUAAACUUUUUAGGAUAUCUGCAAAUUUAUGAACUUAAAAGUGAUGAUAAAAAAAUGAAGUUAGAAAUAUUAACCCAAAAAAGAGUUACUGAUGAAGAUAACAUACUUGCAUUAUCUUUGGAUUGGGAUACUGGAGGAUUAAAGAAUAUUAAUGAAUUCGGUGCAAAAAUCGUAGUUAGUGACUCAAAAGGUUGUAUAUCAUUAUUGGAACUAAAUGAAAGCAAACUUGAUAAAAUUAAUUCAUGGUCUGCACACAAAUAUGAAGCAUGGAUUACAGCUUUCGAUUAUUGGAAUACAAAUAUAAUAUAUAGUGGUGGCGAUGACUGUAUAUUUCAAUGUAUCGAUAGCAGAACAAACACUAGUACUACAUCAAAUAAAGUUCACGAUGCCGGUGUUACGAGUAUCCAUUGUAAUGCAACAAAAGAAUAUUUAUUGUCAUCUGGAAGUUACGAUGAGAGAGUAAAAUUAUGGGAUACAAGAAAUUUCAAACAACCUAUAUCAGAUAUUAAUGUCAAUGGGGGUGUUUGGCGUUUAAAAUGGGAUCCCUUUAAGCAUAAAUAUUUACUAAUAGCCUGCAUGUUUAGCGGAUUUAAAGUAGUCGAUUGUGAAAAAAUAGAAACUCCGUCUAUUAUUGGCGAGUAUAAAGAGCAUGAAAGUAUAGCAUAUGGAUGUGAUUGGUCUUUUUUAAGUAGUAAAGAAGUAUCAGAACAAAUACUUGAAGAAGAAAUGCAAAAUGUCUGUUUGAUAGGUAGUUGCUCUUUCUAUGAUCAUAUCUUAAAGUUAUCGGCAUUAUAUUUACAGUAA